UCUUACUGUAUCUCACUAUCCAGUUCAGACCUCAAUGUGAAUCAGGACAUAAGGCUUACAGAAUGAUCCGAUCAGCUCAAAAUUUUCAUUCCUUUCUUUUUGUGUUGCUUGUCAUGAUACUAAGUGGGCUCAUUUAUGUGGGCUAUACCUCUACCUGGGAAAAAUACAGAUGGCAAAACGAGUGCCUCAAAAGUACAAACAUCCAGCAGAACGUCAAUAUGUACUCUUCACAAGGGCUCAUUUACAAACAGCCCACUGUGGUGGGCACAGGUGGCAUUGUUACCUUGACACCAUGGUUGGCCCCAAUUGUUUGGGAGGGAACUUUUGAUCCCCAGCUAAUUGAUUCUAUCUACAAGCAACAAAACAUCACCAUAGCUACUACAGUCUUCGCUCUUGGAAAAUACACGCAGUUUCUCAAAACUUUUCUGGAGUCAGCAGAGCAGCAGUACUUUGUCGGAUUCCGUGUGCAUUAUUACAUAUUCACAGAUAAACCCGAAGAGGUUCCUGUAAUUAAGCUUGGCACUGAACAUUACCUAACAGUAUUAAAAGUGCCUAGUUCUAACAGAUGGCAGGAGAUCACCUUGAGCAGGAUGGAAAAGCUGGAGAAACUGAUCGAGAGCCUAUUGGCCAAUGAAGCAGAUUAUGUUUUCAGCCUGGAUGUAGAUACAAAGUUCUAUGGCCACUGGGGAGCAGAGUCUUUGGGUCGCCUCGUGGGCGUUAUACACCCUGGUUACUAUCAAACACCCCGUAACAAAUUCCCAUAUGAGCGUAGACCAGAAUCACAGGCAUUUAUUCCCUCAGAAGAGGGCGAUUAUUAUUAUGGAGGAGCUGUGAUCGGUGGCUUGGUUGAAGACGUGCUUCAGCUCGCUAAAACAUGCAGGAAGCAACUAGAGGCCGACGCGGCUAAAUCCAUUGAGGCAGUGUGGCAAGAGGAAUCACACUUGAACAAAUACUUCAUUUAUAACAAACCCAGUAAGCUGCUCUCACCUGAGUACCUGUGGCAGGAUUUCAAAGCCAAAACAAAAGAGGUCAAAGUAAUUCGAUUCUCUCAGGUCAUUAAAAACUAUGCUGCAGUUCGCCCAAACCCAUAGGAACUGCUAUUUAACCGAAAUAAAAAUUCUGUCAUCCGAUACUCACCCUCAUUAACGCUGGUGACUGAACAACAAUCAUUGUAUGGACACAAAAGCACAGAAAUAAUGGGUUUGAAUGAUGUACAGAUUUUUAUUUUCUCUAUAUAACCAGGGGUGCACAUAAGUAUUUCUAUCUGGUUCUCAAGAGAGCACCUCGUGAUUUAGUUUGGUGCUCACAUUGCCCAUAGUGUGACAAAUGAUAUUUACCUAUUAAAAAUCAAAUAAAAAAUCUAGUUAUUUUUUUAUGAACAAUAAACAAAAUAAUAAAGUGGGAUAAUUA